AUGCACUUGCGGAUAUGGGGCAGACCGCAGCCUGUUGCAUUGGCCAUGGAUCUCGGUGACGACGACGACGACAGCUCUGCAUCAUCCGUCACAGCCUCCGAUGCGAACUUCAGCCGCUUCUCGACAACUCAACUCACGUUUGAGCAACGAGGCAGCACCUUUACCAGCGCUGGAACAACCCCGUCUGAAGCCGAGCUACUGCGACGAGCUCGGAGCGUGCAUAGCAAUACCGACUUCAAUGCUCUCGCAGCGGGACCGGAACAGGGCGGUCCGUGGCAGUGCGUGGAGACUGUCGAACGGUUCUCGGUCUUUCAGCGUCAGAGCGCUGAUACUUCAACAGCAGCAGCAUCGAGGAACACCAUAGUGCGCGCUCGAUUGGAGGUGCUGUGUGCUGGUCGCCUCGACGCCAGUCUUGAUGAAGUCGCUCGAAUCCUGUGCCCCGAGACGGAGGCCGAGCACAACGCCGCGAUGAAGGGGCUAUACGACAAAAACUUCAUCUUUGGGUCCAUCGAGCGCAACGUUCCGUGCACUAGAAGUAUCCGCUGCGGGGCAUCCUGUGUGACAGAGCCUGUAAACGGCGAGCAGCUCGCAGUGAAGACCAGCAGCUUCGUCCACACUGCGCUCUUCGGCCACAAUGAGCAAUGGUGCUACACCUACUUCUUCCAACGGAAACCCGAGCGAGACGGCUUCACCAUCUCACAGCGCGCACUGCGGGCGGAUGAAUCCACACCGGGGCGUGUCAAAGGCGCGCAUGCAAGAGUUCAUCAACUCCACGGCCUCGCUGCUUCCUACCUCGUCGACCAACUGCCUGAGCGUCAGGGUCUCCGCGUUGUCUUCCACUCGUGGUUUGACGCAGGACCGCCGGCUCAGAGCAAUUCUACACGAGGAAGUAGACGACGGUCGUUCUCCGACUCGACAGCCAAUGCCUCAGCGGGAUAUUACCGAAGAGAGGCGAAAGCUCAAGCCCGUCGUCUGGUAGCACUCGCACACGGCAUCGCUCAGCUCCCCGACUACGUGCGUCGCCGGCGUUUCAGCAUCCAGACACCCGGUGACGAGAGCGCUCUCCAAACCGACAACAACCGCUGCCCAUGCUGCACGUGCAGUCUCUCCACCGUGAAGUUGACGCUGGCCACGGGUUUGUCGGACUGGAAAAGGCUCAAGAAGAAGCGCUGCUACCUCUGCUGGUAUCUCGUCUGCGGCUCGUGCUGGGUAGUCGCCCAAAUGGAGAUCGGGGUAGGACGCGUGGCCUCCAUCGUCGCGUGCACGCGAUGUCAUACGCGCAUCGAAUCCAUUCGACCUGGGUCGGCGGAUAAUUCGGACGGGGAACAGUAG